AAUAUUCGUAGAAAAUUGCUGUAAAUGUCCACGUUUAAGUUUACGGAAAGCCAUUUCAACUGUCGGAAACGCGCUCACAAUGCAGAGCUUCAAACAAACUACGAGACUCCGGUUCCAGCUCCCGAAUGGGAUCGCAUUCCAACUGCAGACUUUGAUACUUUCGAUGGAUUGUCGAACUUGAAUGCGCCUCUGGACAAUCUAUCCCUGCAGGAGCGUCAUCGCACCAAGCUGACCAACCGUAAAAAAGUGUUGGCCUAUCAGAGUAGCCACCACCAGCGCCUCGCUGAACUUUUGGCCUCGCAGCAGGCUGCUGGCAAAUGUGAUACAUCCGAAGCUUAGCCCCAUCGGAGGCACCUUUGUCCGUGUCCCAGGGUGUCUCUUGUGAUAGCGUAUAAGUGUCUCCACAUGGCACGAGGCUGCCGACAUUGAUUGAUGGUCGACAUGAGACUCUUCCAAGGACCAAGCUAUGACGGAUAGUGCGAUUCGUUGGACUAGCAUCUCUACUGUAAUAAUAUCAACAAUUACCAACACAAAAAUACACAAAAUGUAACAAAAUACAAACAAAUUUCAGUGCGCUUCAAUAAAAGUGGCUGCUGUG